CCCCCAGCUCCAUCCCUCAUCCCACCAUGACCUUCGUGGAGCUGCUGGCCCGCCUGGGCGGGAUGGGCCGCUUCCAGGUGACCUACGUGGCCGCCUUGGCCGUUCCGCUGCUCAUGCUGGCCAGCCACAACCUGCUGCAGAACUUCACCGCCGGCGUUCCCGAGCACCACUGCCGGCCUCGGCCCGUGGCCAAUAACAGCACCGGGGACGUCCCGCUCCUCGUCUCCAUCCCCUCCGACGGCCACCACCGGCCCCAGCGUUGCCGCCGCUACGUGGAACCCCAAUGGCACCUCUUGGAGGUCAACGGCACGGUCAACGGCACGGCCAACGGGGCGGCCACCGAGCCUUGCCGUGAUGGCUGGACCUACCGCGACGGUGUCUUCGCUCACACCAUCGUCACCGAGUGGGACCUGGUGUGCGAGUCCAAGAGGUUGAGGCAGGUGGCCCAAUCCAUCUACAUGGCCGGGAUCCUCCUGGGCUCCGGACUCUUCGGAGUCCUCUCUGACAAGUUCGGGCGCCGGGCGCUGCUGACCUGGUGCUACCUGCAGCUGGGGGCGACGGGGGCCGGCACCGCGGCCGCCCCCACCUUCGUCGUCUACUGUCUCUGCCGCUUCCUGGCGGGCCUGGCCAUGGCCGGGGUCUCCCUCAACUCCGCCUCCCUCUGCAUGGAGUGGAUCCCGACGGAAGCACGUGCUGUGGUGGGCACCAUCAACGGCUACUGCUACACCUUGGGGCAGUUUGUGCUGGCGGCCACGGCCUUCGGCGUCCCUCACUGGCGCUGGCUCCAGCUCGUCGUCUCCCUCCCCUUCUUCCUCUUCUUCCUCUACUCCUGGCUGUUCGUGGAGUCAGCCCGGUGGCAGGUGAUUUCGGGGAGACCCGACCUGGCCCUGAAGGGGCUCCGCAAAGUCGCCCGCGUCAACAGGAGGAAGGAGGAGGGGGACAAACUCAGCGAGGAGGCGCUGGGGGCACUGGUCCGCCCGGAGCCGCCGCUGCCGGGGGGGACGCUGGCCGCCCUGGUGCGCACCCCCGGGAUGAGGACGGUCUCCUGCGGCGUCUCCUUCGUCUGGUUCUCCACCAGUUUCGCCUACUACGGGCUGGCCAUGGAUCUGCAGGGCUUCGGGGUGGACAUCUACCUGAGCCAGCUGGUCUUCGGGGCUGUGGACAUCCCGGCCAAGCUGGCCUCGGUGUUGGCCAUCAGCUGCGUGGGGCGGCGCGUGGCCCAGGGCGGCUCCUUGGCGCUCGCCGGCAUCUGCAUCCUCGCCAACAUUGUUGUGCCGAUGGAGCUGCAGACGCUGCGCAUGGCCUUCGCGGUGAUUGGGAAGGGUUCGUUGGCCGCCUCCUUCAACUGCGCCUACAUCUUCUCUGGGGAGCUCUUCCCCACCGUCAUCAGGCAGACGGGGAUGGGCCUGGGGGGCACCAUGGCCCGCGUGGGUGGCAUGGUGGCCCCGUUGGUGCGCAUGGCAGCUGACGUGACCCCGGCGCUGCCCCUCGUCAUCUACGGGGCUGCCCCCAUCAUCUCGGCCAUCGCCACGUGCUUCCUGCCCGAGACGCGCAACAUGCCCCUGCCCGAGACCGUCAAGGACGUCGAGAGACGAGCAGGUCACCUCAAGGACGAGGAGGUCACCGUCCCUCUGAGUACCACCAAGACCAAGGACGGCGUCUGAGGGGGACGAGGACGGGCAUCGGGGACACCUGGGUCCCGCCGGGCCAGUGGGGACGGGGGGGACCGGACCCUCGGGGUGACACGCGCCCCCACCCCGGAGUCGAUAUCCCCCACCCGGACGCUAUUUAUU